AAAGCGGCGGCGUGACAACAGACACAAAGCUCUAAACAGCACUAAAGGUACUUUUGGUUCUGCUAUAGUUUCAUUUUUAGGUCAGUUUUUAACAGAUAUUAUAUUUGCGACUCUUCAGCAGUGAAGGUGAUCAUUUAACCCCAUCAGAGGAGUGAGCGACGGCAAUAUGGACACCGCAGUAAAAAAGAGUAAUAAGGAAAACUCCAAGCCGGAGGCUGGACCAAAAAAAACAGAGUCCAGAAAUUUCAUAUCUAAGCAACAGCAGCUGAGGAGACCUGCACCGCUGCAGUCCAAAAAUGACCCGAGGGAGGAGAAGGCUGGAGACAAGGUCCAGUCUAAAGCGCAGGUUAAACCAGCCAAGAACAACGAUUUGGAUUCCAUGAGGCGGAAAACCCUGAGUCAGGCCUUCCGCACUGAACAAACCCUGAGACACCGGAAACUGGUGCUGGAGUCAGAGAAGCCUCCAUCGUCUGUCGCUCCAAAACCCCUCCUCCCUGGUACCUACAAGGGCAGAGUGGUACAAUCCAAAAUAGACUGCUUCAGGAAGCCGCCGAGUGGCCAAGAGAAGAACCUGUCCGAAGCUGUGAUGGUGAUUCGGUCCAAAUCCACCACAGCGCUGUCUGCUUCCUCAAGAGCAGGAGUCCAGCGGAGUGUGCAGAGCAGAACGAAGUCAGGGUCAGACGCAAAGAUUAACGUGCAGAAGACGGUUCCUCAAAGAAGGAUACAAACAAUAGGUCCAGCAAAGACAGCUGCUGUCUCCACCAAGCCCCCGGCGGUCUCCACCAAGCCCCCGACGGUCUCCACCAAGCCCCCGGCGGUCUCCACCAAAAAAAAUACCAUCUCCACCAAACCAUCUGUGAUCUCUAGAAAACCAGGUACAAUGUCCGCAAGACCACCGACAGUGACUUCAUUCAUCAAGAAGAAGGAACCAUUGAAACCUGCUGCAGUUGCUAGUGAGCAGAAAUCACAAAGGUCCAUCUCGAGCUCCAUCAGUCAGUACAGAGUCCGAGUGGAAUCCAACGAGGAGAGACGGGAAAAGUUAGCUGCAUGGUUGGCGUCGAAGGGGAAAACUCUGAAAAGACCGACGAUGACUCAGAAGUCUGCAUCUCAGACAUGUAACCCUCGACUCAGCACUGAAGAUGAAGCUCAGCCAGAAGCGAGUGAACAAGCUGAAGCGGUGCCUGUCAAUCAAACGGAACAGAGCGAGGUUCUUCAGACUAAACCUGCCUUCUCCAGCAGCCCGAAUCACAUCCUCAACAUCACACUGGACCUGCUGGACAACUCGGACACGGAGCUGCCUGGAGAGCCCGACAUCAGGAUGGAAUCGCUGGUUAUAAACCUGUGUGAAAGAUUGGAGGCGAUGGAAACUCCGUCCUCAUGCAAGAGCGACACAAAGGCAGGAGGAGGCGCAGAGGCCGAGGUGAAGGUAGAAGAAGAAAUGCCCGAGUACCAAAUUCUGGAGGAGGAAGAACUGAGAGAGGAACCAAAGGCCACCUCUGGAGUGAAGAAGAACGAGGAGGAUGGAGAGGAAGAAAAGGAAACUGUCAAGGCAGGUGAAGAGAAGAAACUGUCUGAAGGUGAUGAUGAGGAGGAUGAAGAAGAGGAGAUGGACUCCACUCCUGCAGAUGUUCUGGAUGCGUGUGUUGUGAAGUACAGCGUGAAAACAACUCCAUUUCUGCAGAGUGUGAGGAAGAGGAUGGAGGGUGAAAUGGCUAACGGUACUUCAGGCUCUUGCUGUAAAAGUUCCAUUAAAGAGCUGAAGUUUCUGACACCGGUGCGCCGCUCGUCCCGGAUCCACAGAAACUCGUCCCGUCUGCCGGGCAUGCUGAACGAACACGACCCCUGUGUGUCCUCGCUGGCCGAGCUGGAGCUGCUGGACUCUCAUGCCUACGUCUACAGGAAGAACCCUGCGCUGCUGCAGCACCUCCCUGAUCAGCGCCCUGAAGCCCAGAGCUCCGAACCCACCUGCAAAUAAACACAGCCAGUCACCAGCACAGGAGGUGCACAUACUUUAUCUACAGCUACAUGCAAAUACUAAACCUUAAGCUGUGGCAGGAAAAACAGUGGGCUUAUUUUAAUAUGUAAAUAUAUGAUUUUUCUAUCGGUUCACUUACACCUGUAACAAAGUAUAGAGGUGACUGAAGGCAAAAAGAUGGAUUUUAUUAAUGAUGAAUGUUAGUAAUGCUACACUAAUGGGGUUUGGAGGUUUUUAUUAACUGAUCAUUUAAGUGUGUUUUACUUAACAAUGUUAAACUAACCCCAGACAGAUAUGGUGGAAACCUAUAAAGUCAAAUGAAAUAAAAAAAUUUAAAAAAAGCAAGCAGGAUUUACUGUCCAUUAAAGAGCCUGUGAAACCAGUCAGGAGCGUAGAGACGUGUAAUGUGCACAAACGUCCUGAGAUUACUGUGUGAAAGGUUUUAGUUCCACUAACAACUGAUGCAGGAAAAAAGAGGUUCAGCUGUUUUUACCGCCUUUAUUACUACGAAAGCCUUAACAGAUUAUAACCUAUAUAACAUUAUCUGUGAUUGACAGGUGUGUAACCUAGCAACACAAGCUGCUGUAUGCAUAUGUGUGUGUAUAUAUACUGUAUAUAUAAACUAAGUGCCAAUGGAAAAGUGUUAACACUUCAGGGUGAAUCAGGACUCUUAUGUUGCUUCACAGGCUAAAUGCAGUUGUUCGUAAUACUGUAGAUGCACCCCAAUAUUCACAGGAAAUACAAUUGUGAAUAUUUUCUCUUAAUCGAAGUUUAUUAUUAAUAAAUUGUAUGAAUGCCCAAAA